AUGACCGAGGAUGCGUUGUAUGCACGUCAGUUUUAUACGGAGGUUAAUAAUGUGCUGCCCCUGUACGUGACUCGCGGGACCAAGCAGCUGGUGGUGAACAGGGAUACCGAUGACUCGACCAUCGCGUCUACGUUCAUCAGAGAUCCGUCGCAGGUGGUGUCGUAUCAGUGGGACACAAUUGGCGGUGAAAUCAUCUCCGUGAUGUUCCAGGAUGGUUCGAUACGGAUCAAUGAUGUAAUGUACGAUGCGAAACUGGUUGCGUUGCUGAGGACUCAGCGCACCGGACUUGACUGCGUCCUAUGGGAUCGUAUUCGUUUGCCCAGCAGAGCCCAAUCCAUGGAAUGGGAUCCUGAUAUUAUUACGCAAUCCCUCCCGCGGUUGGUGAAAUUUAUGGGCAGCGAUGCAUCACCGAGCAUGUCGCCUUACCUCCCGACGAACCACAGCUGGCGGUUCCCGAACAGUGGGGCUGCAGGUGGGAUAUUGGAUGUGCAUUUCCUUCACCAAAAAUUGGGGGAUACCCUUGUGGCUUUGUUGAACGGGGAGUACCAGUUGCAAUUGACUGGUCCGCAUCAAGAGGAUCAAUCUGAAUUGCGCAAAAUCAUUGCGCGGACAGAUUCAAAGAGGCAUGUGUAUAAUUGCUACUACAAAACGGGCCCCGUUAGACAAGUGGACCUGACAGGGUUUGUCGAGGAUAAAGACACGAUCAAGUUAUUGGAAAGGUUUCUUCUGUUCCAAGAUUACCUCGGCUAUUUUUUGGCGCAUCUCGAACCGAUACAGACAGAGUGUGUUGAACCGUACCAAGAAUUUAUCGAGCGGUUAUGUGAAGACGCCUUUGGCAAAGAGAAACUACAAGAGUCACUCACGGACCAUUUUUUGGUUGGGUCCAUGGAUGAAGAAUUGAGAGAUUGGCUCGUAUACUCUCUAGGUGAACGUAAUUUGGAAGAGUGGAAAUCGUUGAUGAACACGGCUUAUCGGAGAACGUCCCAAGUGGUAUUGAUGUGCCUCGUUCCUGUAAGUGAACGGUUAAUAAUUUUGUGCGAGCAAUUGCAAGCUCUUGUGUUAACCGCCCAACUGUCGGAAGGUAUGGUUGGUGACUCCCUUGAAAUAUCGGAAUUUACUGACUUGCUGGAAAAUUGCCAAGAGCUUUUGCAGCUUGUCUUGCAGACUGUAAAGCAGCUUGCAAAGGACAUCAAGGAUAUAAAAGUGUUCCUGCUCUGGUUGGAGAAUGUGCUCAAGACCACCAUCAACAAGGACUACCCGCCUAACUUUAACGUAUCUGAGUGUGGUAAGUUUGGCUUUCUCUUUACAUCAGGGUUGGCACUGACAUUGGAACCGGCUAAGAAAACGGUCACCUUUUUCGACGAGUCGAGGCGUAUUGUCCGUGAGUGUGGCGACCUGCUCUUACAAGUGGACAACCUUUACGUGCGCGACUUACUGCUGUCCAAAGUUAUCGUUGGUGACCCGAUCCCACUGCUCAAUAGCUACUACAUCGAGCAUUUCGUCACGUUGCUCGACAUUGCACAAGUGGCCGCACACCCUGCGUACCUGAUCUACCUCUGCCGGAACAUGAGCAACCGGAGCGAAGUACUGUUGGGUGCAAUAGACUGCCAAUCAAAUAAAGUCGCCACGGACAUCAAGCUGCCGUACAACCACGCAGAGAUGGACAUCGAGGGUGUCCGGAUUAUGGGCGACGCAUCACAGAUCGCACCCGAAUCGCACCAAACGACAAAGAUAACGCUCCCAAUAAUCGUACAGUACAAAUCUGGUGACAUUACCCUGCGGACACACGAGUCGCACUACUGCAAGCUCGACUGCCAGCUCAUUUUGCAUCGCGAGUCUGUCUCUGUGACCAUCGCCCGCUUAAAGUGA